AUGCGAAGUCCGACUUGUUGGUUAGUCGUGCUGCGGUGGGUGCCCGACCGAGAUAACGGGAGAACUGCUCCUCAGCAGUUGUGCAGCACCACAGGAGGAGGCUGGAGGGAGUUCUGUGAGCUCCACGCCAUCGCUACAGCCCGGCAGCUCGCGGGACACUACCGCAGCUUUGCCCACGAGUGCCAAGAUGUGCUGCCCCCAGAGAACUUCUCCAAACAGUUCAGCGACCUGUUCCAGCAGUACUUCUGCUCUGAGGUGGUCAAGGAUCCUCACAACACCUGCUCCCAAGCCCCCCCAGCCUCGCACCUGUCUGAGGCUCAGGACUACCGGCAGUCGGCCCCCCAGACCACCGGAGCCCCUUUGUUUGUGGUAACUCCAAAAGCAGAGCCGGUGACGGUAAGCCGUGAGCAGGAGGUGCCCCUGCGAUGUUCAGCUGGAAACCCUGUGGUGUUUAGACGUGUCGUGUGUAGCCGUAGUAAUGAUGACCUCCCCUCUGAACGGCCGCGGUACUCGUCCGACUCGUCCAGCUCCACUCCUGCUGACGUCACACACUUCUCGGUCAGCCAGAUCCGGCAGACCGUGCGCCGCCUGCUUCAGAAGAGUCCUCCAGACCCCUGCCCCAACAGCUCGCCACCUCAACGCCACUCUGUGGUCGAGCCAGUGUCAUCCUCGUCUUCCGCAGGUUCUGAUGUCCCGCUGCUCGCGCCUUUGCCCCGCCCUGCGACCGCGUCACACUUCCUAGAGCGCUUCAGGUGGCUGCGCCCUGGCAGCAUGCGGCGCAGGACAGCGGAGCUUGGCUGCUGCUGUAAAGAGGACCUUCUCCGCUGCCUGCAGGUGGACGACACCAUCUCGGACUCUCAGCCUCAGUGGCAACGCUGCCGCCUGCUGGUCAGGAGGGUCAGGGACAUACACAGAGGAAGUGGUCGGAGUGCAGGGGAGAGAUACCAACUGGAGCUCUAUGUCCCUCCGAAGAACGAAAACUCUGGAUUUGGUCCAGAAGGGCCCAGCUGUGGCCACAUGAGCUUCACGCCCAGUCCCUCACAGCCCAAACCUGUCAUCAGUGCUACGCCAUCUUAA